AUGCUGUAGUUCACGUAUUGGCAUUUUUAGAGAACCGGAUCCCCACGGAUAUCCUACUGGGUAGUAUAUGGCUAUAUACAGCUGGAACUAUGGAAGUGGUGGGCGCCGGGUACACUCUUGUUUGUUCCCAAAUGUCUGUCCGAUAUGUGUAUGAAGCCAGCGAUGGUUCUAGCCGCUGAUCAACGAUCAGUAUCUGAGAAAUUAGUAGUUCGUGCCAGAUCACCGGCAUGGAUUUUUUCCCCAAGAGUCGCAGAAGAGGGCACUUUUCCUCAGCCUUCGCUCUUCACAGACCUGCCAUUUACCAAAUUCACACCCUCCUCUGUUACCCUCGAGACACAAUGACUGUUACGCUGGGCUUUGCAGAGCCCGUGGACGAGGAGUUCCAAAGCGAGAGCUUUCCGAGCAAGAUCGGCGGACAGCCGCGGUGGAUCGACCCAGAGCACCCGCUGAACGUCUCGCAGGCAACAUGUGACGAGUGCCAGAAGCCGAUGGCGCUGCUAAUGCAGCUGUACGCGCCCGAGGACGAGCCUGCCUCAGCAUUCCACCGGAUGAUGUAUGUAUUUGUGUGCCGCACAGGCUCGUGCCAUCGGGCGCCGGCAUCACGGUGCAUGCGGGUGUACCGGGCGCAGCUGCCUGAGGACAACGCAGUAUACGAGGAGACAGGCGAGGAUGUGGAGGACGAUGAUAUCGUGUGGACAACGAAGAGCUCGGUGACACCGGCAAAGCAGUGCGUGGUGUGCGGAAUGGCGGGCACCAAGGCGUGCAGCAAGUGCCAUGAGCGCAUGUAUUGUUCGCGCGACCACCAGCUGGCUGACUGGGAGGCAGGCCACCGCGCACAGUGCGGCAGCAGCGAGCAGGAGCCAGAGGACCAUGUUCGCAAGCUGCGCAACCAGCGGUACCCGGAGCUGGUGAUUGCGUCGGAAGAAGAGGAGUUCAGUGACGGGGAGGGCGAUGACGACGACGGCGAGAGCGACAGCGACAGCGAGGAUGAGAUUAAGCCCGAGGACGGCGCUGUGGUGCCGGUGACCGACGAGAAGGCAGUGGACUCGGAGGUUGACGUGGACAAGGCGUUUUUGGUGUUCCAGCGGCGCAUCCAGCAGAACUCGGACCAGGUCAUUCGCUAUGCGCGCGCACCGGGCGGCGAGCCCGAGAAGCCGCUCUAUGUCAGCGACGCUGGUAUUCCGGAGGAUGUUCCCGAGUGCGAGCUGUGCGGGGUGCAGCGCGAGUUUGAGUUCCAGAUCAUGCCGCAGAUGCUGAACUUUUUGGGGCUCAAGGCUGACGACCCUCUGUCGAUUGACUGGGGAACGCUCCUUGUGUAUUCGUGCCCCAACAGCUGCGAUGUGAAGGAUGGGCAGUUUGCGCGCGAGGCCAUCUACCGCCAGCAGUUUAGCUCUCAAGGCAUCGGAGACAAGUACAUGCGUGCCCUGCAGGGCGAUGACUCGGGGUUCACGAAGCAGUUUGAUGCGCUGGAUAUGUGAGCGUAGUUUUCUUUUUCAGAGUUUGGAACAUGGGUGCUGGUGAUCGGCAAAAUGAUCUCAUAGAUCAGUGAUUUAUUACUCUAGGCAGAUCAGCGGCAGGCGAAAAUUUUUUGCUUGAUAGCACCCCAGCCAAAAAAAUGAUUGAGAUCGUGUUUCUGGCUCCGCAAGGGCAGGUCCAGCUCAGAACCCUCCUUGUCUUAGCUCUCUAUCCAUUCGUUGCUCUUUAGUUGUAUUUAAUAGUCCCCGGUAAGGUACGCCAUUUUGCAGGAGUUUCUGUG